AAUACCAUCAGAAUGAUGGUAUUUAUUUUUUUAUCUCUCUCUUAUCCACUUUUUGUACCAAACAUGGUAAACUGACAUAAAAUUUAUUUUUUCAGGCCAGAUUACUCCGAAACAAAUGGUCCUGGGAGGAAGCCACACGAGCUCUUUGUCAGGAAAAGACUUUGUAUCCUUUAACAACUUAGUUGUAGGCAGAACAUGGAAAAGGUGAUGAAGCUUACUCGUCCACCCCCAAUCCAUUGACACAGGGCCCUGGGUCUGGGUGGGUUAAAGGGGUAAUCGCGGGGUCAAAAGAUGAGAUGAUGAGAAGGGGAGAUCAUGAGCAUAGUUGUGGGGGGAGGAAAGGUGAAAAUGCCAAAAGGUAAAUUUAACGAAGAGAAAAAGAAAGCGCCCUCAUUGUACCAGUGGAGGGGGUGGGCCUGGGCAAAAGCUGGUUUUAUUGGGAAAUGAUGGGAGGACUGGCCGGUAGUGGCCGGUUGCAGGUCGCUUUGAUGGCGCACGCUUCCAUCCCUCUCUACUAAAACGCUCCCUCCUUGGUACCUUCUCCUCCCACCUCCACUCCUCUCAUCUUCCUGAUUGGCUUUCCCUCUCUCAAGGAUGUGUUUCUUUCUCUCGUCCCCAAUCAGAGAAAAGCUUGUAUCUUACCGAAAAAGAGAGAAGCUUUUAUAGCAAAUCAUAUAUCCUCCUCCCUAAAGGCAAAUUGGAUCCCUCAUUACCUUCUUUUCUUCUUCACUUUCUUUUGUCAAUACAAGCUCCACUUCCUAUCAGCCCAGCUGAAAAAUGAGCCCUUUCUAUUUCCUCCCCCAGUAAAAUAAGUACAGCCAUAUGGCCACUCUUCUUCUUUCCUCUACAGAAAGAAAUUAGCAUCACUCUCUCUCUCUCUCUCUUUCUAUCUUUCAUACACAAGCUAUCUAUCCAUGCACUCAAGCCUCCAAUGUCCUCUACUUCCAAAACAAGAAAUAUCCACCAACCAAGGCAAGAAGCACCCAAGCUUUCGUUUCUAAGCCAAAUGGAUAUCCUUCAUUUACCUAAUUGCUAGCUUCUUCCCCACCCCAUUCAACACCAACACCAAAAGGUUCCCGUUUUUAUCCAAACUUCUCCCACCAGAGAACAUACAAACCCACGAAAGAGCUUGCUUUUUAAUUGACACCAAUGGCCGACCACCACAACACCCCGGAGCCCGAAAGCAGUGCCAAUUCCAUGUCAUCGUUCUCCUCCCCUUACUACUCUUCCGCCUCCCCCCUUUCCCAGACCACUCAGCAACCAUUGCCGGAGACUUCGAAGGGCAUUCCAAACCCCUCCCCUGAGUCCAAGAAGGACGGUGGCGGGAAGCGCGCGCGGGACGGUAGUAGGCAUCCGGUGUACCGCGGCGUCCGCAUGCGUAACUGGGGGAAGUGGGUGUCGGAGAUCCGGGAGCCCCGUAAGAAGUCGCGCAUCUGGCUGGGGACCUUCCCGACGCCGGAGAUGGCGGCGCGAGCCCACGACGUCGCCGCCCUCAGCAUCAAGGGCGCCUCCGCCAUCCUCAACUUCCCUGAGCUCGCCGGCGCCCUCCCCCGCCCGGCCACCCUCUCCCCGCGCGACGUCCAGGCAGCCGCGGCCAAGGCAGCCGCCAUGGACCCCGCAGCCAUGCUGGAGGAGGCGGCGGAGGGCCCGGCUUCGCCGGCGUCCCCCGAGGAGCUGGGGGAGAUCGUGGAGCUGCCCCGUCUCGAUGGUUCCUUCCUCGACUCGGCCGACUCGGGGGGCGAGUUCGUGUACCACGACUCAGUCGACUCGUGGGCCGACCCGCUCCCGUGGGCGGCGGAGGGCGCCUACGAGUACGGGAUCUCGCUGGAUCAGAUGUGGGGGCCGUCGGACGGAUUCGUUCCGACGAGCUUUGAAGCUCUUCUGUGGGACUACUAGAAGAAAGCCAGCCCUUGGAGCUUCACAUCAUAAUCUCUCUCUCUUUUGGCAAAUUAUACCCUGUAUCGCGUGUAUUAUAUAGCCAUACAUCAUGCCAACCAACUAGACUCCUUUCCGUAGGCCACAUUUAUCAUGCCCUCAUUUCCAUACUUUGCCCAUCUGAGAGAGAGGUGAUAGGCAUGGUGUAUGACCAUAUUAGCACUUAGCUAGGAUAUAAUUUCUCCUCUCUUUCCUUGCAAUGACCCUUUUAUUUUUAAUGGGGGCUGAGAGGGUUUUUUUUUUUUUUUUUGUAAUUUCUCCCCCUGGUUUUUCAUCUUAAUCAAAUUAGACAUGGUGUAGUAGCUACCAAUUGUAUAGCGUAUUGGAAAGGAGUGAGGAGAAGAAAAUGACAUGGUAAUUGAGGUACUUGGUUUGUGUGAUUA